AUGGAGAAAAAUAAAACGCUCUCUCUUUCGACCCGCCUCUCUCUCUCUCUCUUUCCACCCACCUCUCUCUCUCUUUUCACCCACCUCUCUCUCUUUCCACCCACCUCUCUCUCUCUUUCCACCCACCUCUCUCUCUUUGUCCACCUUCCCGUGAUUGCGUAUAAACCCUUAUCUAUCUAUCUAUCUAUCUAUCUAUCUAUCUAUCUAUCUCAGUUUUCUCUUCUAUCUAUUUUUAUAUUUCAGUUUUCUCUACUAUCUAUCUAUUUAUCUAUCUCUCUAUCUCAUUUUCUCUACGAUCUAUCUAUUUAUUUAUCUAUCUAUCAAUCUAUCUAUCUAUCUAUUUCACUUUUCUCUUCUAUCUAUCUAUCUAUCUUAGUUUUCUCUUUCUAUCUAUCUAUCUAUCUAUCUAUCUAUCUAUCUAUCUAUCUUAGUUUUCUCUUCUAUCUAUCUAUCUAUCUAUCUAUCUUAGUUUUCUCUUCUAUCUAUCUAUCUAUCUAUCUAUCUAUCUAUCUAUCUAUCUAUCUAUCUUAUUUUCUCUUCUAUCUAUCUAUCUAUUUUUAUAUUUCAGUUUUCUCUACGAUCUAUCUAUUUAUUUAUCUAUCUAUCUAUCUAUCUAUCUAUCUAUCUAUCUAUCUAUCUAUCUAUUUCAGUUUUCUCUUCUAUCUAUCUAUCUAUCUUAGUUUUCUCUUCUAUCUAUCUAUCUAUCUAUCUAUCUAUCUUAGUUUUCUCUUCUAUCUAUCUAUCUACCUUAGUUUUCUCUUCUAUCUAUCUAUCUAUCUAUCUUAUUUUCUCUUCUAUCUAUCUAUCUAUCUAUCUAUCUAUCUAUCUAUCUCAGUUUUCUCUUCUAUCUAUCUAUCUAUUUUUAUAUUUCAGUUUUCUCUACGAUCUAUCUAUUUAUUUAUCUAUCUAUCAAUCUAUCUAUCUAUUUAUCUAUCUAUCUAUUUCAGUUUUCUCUUCUAUCUAUCUAUCUAUCUAUCUUAUUUUCUCUACGAUCUAUCUAUUUAUUUAUCUAUCUAUCAAUCUAUCUAUCUAAGUUUUCUCUUCUAUCUAUCUAUCUAUCUAUCUAUCUAUCUAUCUAUCUAUCUAUCUAUCUCAGCUUUCUCUUCUCUUCUAUCUAUCUACCUCAGUUUUCUUUUUUAUCUAUCUGUCUAUCUAUAG